AUGCAGCAGCUCCUCGGGCCCCUUGCGGGCAUGCAACCGCGCCAAGUCGCCAUGCAAGCGCUCAACUUUGCGCUGGUGCUCAGCACAGCCUUCAUGCUCUGGAAAGGCCUCUCGGUCAUUACCGACUCGCAGUCACCCAUUGUCGUCGUCUUGUCUGGCAGCAUGGAGCCGGCGUUCCAGCGCGGCGACCUGCUGUUCCUAUGGAACCGGGCGAAAGACACCAAGAUCGGCGAGGUGGUGGUGUACAAUGUGCGCGGGAAGGACAUCCCCAUUGUGCACCGUGUGAUUAGGCGCUUCGGCGGAGGACUCAACCCUCUGCGUCUGCUCACCAAGGGCGACAACAACGUCGCCGACGAUACGGAGCUGUACGCCCGCGGCCAGGCCUUCCUGAACCGCGAGCGCGACGUCAUCGGCUCCGUAUUCGCGUACAUUCCCUUUGUCGGCUAUGUGACUAUCCUGCUGAGCGAAUACCCCUGGCUCAAGACCGUCAUGCUUGGCCUCAUGGGCUUGACCGUCGUCUUGCAACGCGAGUAG